CUCCCAACCAAAAAAAAAAAAACUCCAAACCAAAAAAAAAAAAACACGAAGCGAGAGACAGCCAGCCAGCCCAAGCCAAGACGAACACGAAGAGAAGAGAGAAGCAAACCAAACGGAAGCAAGAACCCAUCUCCCACCUCCCCCACCAGCAGCAGCAGCAGCAAUCCGCGCACUCCGGCGCGCGCGGGGGAGCAGCAGCAGCAGCAGAAGCGGAAUUCCUCGCGGCGGCGGCGGCGUCCUCCAAUCCGAUUCCGCCAAUCCCAAUUGCUGCCCCCCUCGGCGAGGUCAGCUCCAAUUCUUGCUGUUUUUCUCGGAUUCGAUUCGGUCGUGGAGUGGGAGGCGGUUGGUCGCCCUCCUCGCCGGAGAUCCAGGCGGCGCGGGCCCGGGGCGGAGCUCGCCGGGGUCGGGAUCAUGCCCCCAUUGCGCUAGGGUUUGGGUGGGUAAUCCAAUUUGGCUCCCGCCCGACGACUCGCCGCCCUGGAUGCUUGAUUCGGGCCAGCCGCACCGCUCCCGGGGCGGGUGGUUGCUUCCGCGGCGAUUGGUGUGGUUCCGGCGGAGAUGAGAUCGCCUCCAUGGCUGGCGAGCUGGGAAUUGGGCUACGGGCUCGCGCUCUGCAGGAGGCGACGGAGGCCAUAGUGGUUUGAUCCGAGCUGGGUUGGUGCGGCGCGCUGUCACCGAUUCGUGGUUUCUGUGCUCUGAAUCCGAUAUUGGGGUUCGCCGGGGUGGUGAUUUUAUGGACAUGGUGAGGGAGGAGGCGUGGCCGCUCGCUGCACCGCAGCAGCAGCAGCAGCAGCCAUCAGCUCCUCCACCGCAGCCGCAGGCGCAGCAGCAGAAUGGCCGUAUCGAUCUCCGCGAGGUGAAGCUUCAGCUGGAGAAGAGGCUUGGUCCUGACAGGUCAAGGAGGUACUUCAGCUACUUGAAGGGCUACCUGUCGAAUAGGCUCAGCAAGGCGGAUUUCGACAAGGUGUGCCUCCAAACAUUGGGGAGAGAGAACCUCCGAGUGCAUAAUCAGCUGAUACGCUCAGUUCUCUACAACGCCUACCAUGCGAAGUGUCCACCUCCAACACCAGCACCAGAUGUUGGGAGGUCUGUGGGAGCAACAGUGAAGAAGGUUUGUCAGCCCGGCGAAGCAUUGAAUUCUUGCAAUGGGGACAUCAGGUUAUUACAGAUGCAGGGGUCAAGGCAUAUGAGCACAAUGCAAGAUCAUCAGUCAAAAGAUCGGAUGAAAAGCACGGGCCUGAGUUGUAGGGUAGAUGCUUCUGCCAAUCACAGCCAGAUUACUCACGGUGGUGCGGCAGUACCAGAGAAUGGCACCCUAAGUUCUUCUGACCUCAAGAGAUCAGUGCAUUUUCAACAUGAAUCUGCAGAGCCAUUGGCAAAGCACCAACGUGUGGAGCAGUCACCAACUGGAAACAUAAUCAAGUUGAGAAGAAGCAUGAGCAAUGUCUCGGAUCAUUCUGCAGAAGCAUCGAAUAGCCCUGUACGGGCACCACUUGGAAUUCCUUUUUGUUCAGCGAGUGUGGGCGGGGCAAGGAAAUUACCACCACCACUAAUUAGUGCAGGUGAGGAUCACUGUACCAGCUGUUGUGAGCAUCGUGAAUUGUUAAAUACAGAGGCAUUGCAUCGGCGGAUGGAGAAAACAGCAGAGUCACUGGGCCUAGCUGGUGUCACAUUGGAUUGUGCUGACCUUCUGAAUAACGGUUUGGACAAGUACUUGAAGAACCUGAUUAGGUCAUCAGUUGAGUUAAUAGGAGCUAAUGUUCAAAGUGAUGCAAGAAAAGGGGAAUUGUACAAGCAGCAUGCAUAUGGAAAACAUAUGAAUGGUGUUUGGUUGCCAAAUCAUGUUCAGAUGCAAUCAGGCAGUGGACCAUCCGGAGCAACGAAUGAUAUCAGAAAUCACCACUUGAUCUCCCUUGAUGAUUUCAAGGUAGCUAUGCAGCUAAAUCCUCAACAGCUCGGGGAGGACUGGCCAGUCCUCCUUGAAAAGAUAUGCUUAUGUUCACCAGAAGAAAAUGACUGACAGAUGGAAAGUGCUAUUUCAAAUAGAUUUUUUGUACCAAUGUGUUUUUGGUGCCCAUCUGAUGUACAUUUGAGCUGAAGCGAUUAUACUGCAGUCAAGCAACAGAAGAUGCGCAUUUGGGGAUAAGGCAGAAUUCUGCUGUCAGAUUUGCAGCGAAAGAAAGCCAAUUCUUUUCUCCUGAUAAAUGCCCUCAUAAAGAAGAAUAUCUUCCGUUGACGUUGCUUAGACCUCAUUAGCUCUCCUGAGAUGGAGACUGUUCAUCCAAAAGUCCCAACUUCUAUGUAACAUCUGGCAUAAGGGGACAGAAGACAGCAAAAUGCAAGAGCUGUCCUGUAACUUAUAGGAAAAUGUUCUGUAAGUUUCUAGGUCAGGAUGUACAUUAUUGAUUCCAAAAUUUUCUAGGUAUCUUCAGUACUAAUUUCAGGGAUGUUGAACGUUAAUUUUAUUUAAAUUCUUUUGUAACUGUGUUUUUGAAAGUUAUAUGUUAGAUCUCUAAGACCUCUCCUCUCCCUUGAUGUGUUUGUCUGCUUGGGAGUGGGUAGAUGUUUCCAUCUUCACUCCAGAUAUGAAAACGUAGAUAUGUUUAUGGC